UUAAAUAACACCGAAAGUUCUAGUGAACAGGACAUUGCGGUGGACUGAUACUAUAAAUAGGACAGUAUAUUGUGUUAAAAUACAGCGAAGGAUAAUCAAAGGCGAUCCUGCUAAAGAGUGACUUGAGGAUAUUCAAAGAGACAAUGACGACAUUUACAGUGGAAAGUCCUAACGUACGGUACUCAAAAGGAUUUAUAGAGUCGGACUAUGUCUACCAGACAAGUGGAGUGGAGAAAACUGGACCGUCGUCAUACAAGGUAACUCCAGUCGAUGUCAAGAUGACCUUCCGCACUGACCGGAACACACCUCGUCUUGGCUGUAUGUUGGUAGGUUGGGGAGGAAAUAACGGAUCAACGGUCACCGCGGCCUUACUCGCCAACAAACACAAGAUGACGUGGCCAACAAAGGACGGCCUAAAGUGUGCUAAUUACUUUGGAUCCCUUACCCAAGCAUCUACUCUGAGCAUCGGAUCAGGUCCAGACGGAGAAGUGAACAUUCCGUUCUGCAAUAUACUACCUAUGGUUGAUCCGAACGACAUAGUAUUUGAUGGAUGGGAUAUAUCCUCAUUAAAUUUAGCAGACUCUAUGGAACGUGCGAAAGUCCUUGACUGGAAUUUACAAAAUCAGCUACGACCAUAUAUGGAACAUUUAAAACCACGCCCAUCCGUCUACAUACCGGAUUUCAUAGCAGCUAAUCAGAGGGCGCGAGCUGAUAAUGUUUUGACUGGAACAAAAGCAGAAAUAAUUGAGAAACUUCGAGCGGAUAUUCGAGAUUUUAAAAGCAAGAACGAGUUGGAUGACGUCAUUAUUUUAUGGACAGCAAAUACCGAACGUUUCUCUGCUGUCGAGGUAGGACUAAAUGACACCGCUGACGUACUUCUUCAGUCUGUCGAGAUGAAUGCCGCUGAAAUAUCUCCAUCAACAAUGUUUGGUAUCGCCUCUGUCCUGGAGGGUUGUACAUAUAUAAACGGGUCACCGCAGAACACAUUUGUUCCAGGUCUGAUAGAACUGGCAGAAACCCACGGUGUACUUAUUGCCGGAGACGAUUUCAAAUCCGGUCAAACGAAGAUCAAGUCGGUGUUGGUUGACUUUCUAGUGAGCGCUGGCAUCAAGCCAGUUUCCAUUGUCAGCUAUAAUCACCUUGGCAACAACGACGGAAUGAAUCUUUCGGCGCCGAAACAGUUCAGGUCUAAAGAGAUCACGAAAACAAAUGUCGUUGAUGACAUGGUUGAAUCGAAUAAUAUUCUCUACCCAACGGGACAGAAGCCUGACCACUGUGUCGUCAUUAAAUACGUGCCAUAUGUUGGAGACAGCAAGCGAGCCUUAGACGAGUACACAUCAGAGAUCAUGUUGGGCGGUCUAAAUACUAUCUCACUCCACAACACGUGUGAGGACUCUUUAUUAGCCAGUCCGAUCAUCCUCGACCUCGUCAUCCUAGCCGAAAUGUGCAAAAGAAUUUCGUUCAAGUCCGAGGGGCAGGCUUCCUAUCAAGGCUUUCAUAGUGUGUUAUCUAUCCUCAGUUAUCUGUGCAAGGCCCCACUUGUUCCGCCGGGCACUCCAGUAGUCAACGCCCUCUUCAAACAGAGGGCAUGUAUAGAGAACAUAUUCAGGGCGUGUGUCGGACUGCCUCCACAGAAUUACAUGUCACUCGAACAUAAACUCAGCAUCCCAAAUUCACUACCUGAAGUGGCAGGAGAGAAUUCAACGACGUAUACUAUGCAAUCAAAAUUGUCAAGCGUUUCCAACCAUGUAGAUGCAAACGGAAUUAUAAACGGAUGUUGACGUCGAUUUGCAUAGGUUCAUAGAUUAAUUUUGAUGUGCGGAUGGAACAAUGAUUCAAUUUGGAACGUUUAGACUGACGAACUCAUAUCAAUGACAUGCUUUGCAUUAACGUACUUUACGAUCAAAACAAGCAGACUUAUCACCAAAAUCUCAUAUCUGUAGUGUUACAUUAAUACUGUAUUGUAUACCGGAAACUUUUCGCCCAUUCAAACUUUCGCCCUUCGCCGGUAAAAUCCAUAUUCGCCCGGUAUACAUUACGCCCUUCACAUUUUAAUACUAUGUAUAUUAUAUUGUUUAUUAAUGUUAUCUGUUAUGAUAUAUUAUCAACUCGCUACGGGGAGCAAAAAAGGCGAUAAUUUAACUGCGGCGAAAAUGUCUUGUUAUUGAGUGUACGUUCUUUUCAAUUCUAUUAGCAUGACUAUGCUUAUCGGCGGUUAUCCUUUCUAAAUAUCUAAACGAGAAUGUUGUAUAAUUUAUCUGAUGAGUUAUUAAAGAUUUGUUUCAGGUAC